ACACUCUGCUAGGCUGGCCCUUUCCAGCCUUGUUUCCCUCCCCUCCCCGCACAACCUCCCAGGACAAUGGAGGGAGUGCCCAGAGGCCAGAUCAGCUUUACGUACCCCCACCCCACCCAUGCCCCUCCUGAGCUGGGAUAGGGGCCCAGUGCUCAGGUCACCUGGACAGUCUGGCGGUUGUACACCUUCACCACAUGGAAGCGGAAGCUGUAGACGCCCCGGACGGGGGCUAUGAAGGAGCCCGAGGCCCGGUCAAAGCCACCACCCUCAUUCACCAAGACCUGGAGGGAAGCAGGAAGAGCUAGUGAGUAAGGAAAAGAAGAGAGGGCCAGGGCUGGACGGAGUAGCCAUGCCGACUUGGGGGGCUGCCUCCUCGUCCCCGGACCGCUUUGCGGUGUCUGCAGAUGCGGAGGCUAAGGUGCGUGAGCAGCAGCCGCACGUGGAGCGCAUCUUCAGGGUCGGGAUGAGUAUUCUCCCGAAGGACUGUCCUGAGAACCCGCACAUCUGGCUGCAGCUUGAGGGCCCCAAGGAAAACGCCAGCAGAGCCAAGGAGUACCUGAAGGGUCUCUGCAGCCCGGAGCUGCAGAGUGAGAUCCGCUACCCGCCCCAGCUGCACUGCAUCUUCCUCGGGGCCCAGGGCUUCUUCCUCGACUGCCUGGCUUGGAGCACAACAGCCCACCUGGUCCCGCUGGUGCCUGGCUCGCUGAUGGUCAGCGGCCUGACGGAGGCCUUCGUCAUGGCGCAGAGCCGUGUGGAGGAGCUGGGGGAGCGGCUGAACUGGAACCUGUGGUCCAGGCCCGCUUCUGGAGCGUCUCAGUCUGCUGGGGCACUGAGAGACUUCUCUGCCUUGCUGCAGCCCCAGGCAGACGCCCACAAAGAAGCCCUGCUCCAGCUGCCCCUGGCUGUCCAGGAGGAACUGCUGAGUCUGGUGCAGGAGGCUGCCAGGGGCCAGGGGCCACAAGCAUGUGCCUCCUGGGCAGGGAAGAGCCCUGGCGCUCAGCCCCUAGGAGUCAGAGCUCUCCCGAGGGAAGGCAGGGAGUCCCUGGACACUGGCUCUUUGGGGCAGGGAGAGGCCAGGGGAGAGCGACAUGCUCCAGAGAAGGGGGCAGGUCCCAGGGAGACAGAUUUGGGGUGGGAGGAGCUACCUGGGGCCCGUGCUUGUGGGGGAGACAUGGCUUUCAGGUCCCGGUGUGGGGGAGGAGAGAUAGCAGCGGCAGGGCCCCUGAAAGGGAAAGCCAUGGGGAAGGAGGGAGGAGGGUUCUGUCCCCAGGGAGAGUCUCCUGGGCCCCUUGACCCCUCUCAGAGUCAGCUCCGGGGAGCCUCCCUUCUUCAGCACCUCCACAAUGGGCAAGCUUCCCCUCCUAGAGUGCCCAGUCCCAUGCCUGCACCUGAGCCCACCUGGCAAGGUGGGGACCGCGGGGACAAGCAGCAGAUCCCAAGUCGCGGCCGGGGGUCACCGGGGAAGCGGGGUACCCGGGGGGGCAACCUGGUGACUGGAACACAGCGUUUCCAGGAGGCCCUGCAGGACCCUUUCACCUUGUGCCUUGCCAAUGUGCCCGGCCAGCCCGACCUCCGCCAUAUUGUCAUCGAUGGCAGCAACGUGGCCAUGGUGCAUGGCCUCCAGCACUACUUCUCCAGCCGGGGCAUCGCCAUUGCUGUGCAGUACUUCUGGGACCGAGGUCACCGCGACAUCACCGUCUUUGUGCCGCAGUGGCGCUACAGUAAAGAUUCCAAGGUCAGAGAGGGCCACUUCCUGCAUAAGCUCUACUCCCUCAGCCUGCUCUCCCUCACCCCCUCUCGGGUUAUGGAUGGCAAGAGGAUCUCCUCCUAUGACGACAGAAUCCAAGAACGGCUGCCUGGUUUUCGAGAUAGGUUCAUGGUGAAGCUGGCUGAAGAGACGAAUGGGAUCAUCGUCUCCAAUGACCAGUUCCGGGACCUGGCCGAGGAGUCUGAGAAGUGGAUGGCCAUCAUCCGAGAGCGCCUGCUGCCCUUUACCUUCGUGGGAAACCUCUUCAUGGUUCCUGAUGACCCCCUGGGGCGAAAUGGCCCCACCCUGGAUGAAUUCCUGAAGAAACCAGCUAGGCCACAGGAGCCGCCUGAGGCUCAGCCUCCUCCCAGGGGCAUUGCAAACCCUGGAAGUCUGCCGCAGGGGAAGGAAGAGGAAAAAGGCGGGGGUGGCAUUCGGAAGACCCGGGAGACUGAGCGGCUGCGGCGCCAGCUGCUGGAGGUCUUUUGGGGCCAGGACCACAAGGUGGACUUCAUCCUGCAGCGGGAGCCAUACUGCCGGGACAUCAACCAACUCUCCGAGGCCCUGCUCAGUCUCAACUUUUGAGCUUCACCUGCUGUCUCUCAGCUCCAGUGCUGCCUAGCCCAGCCCCUUCUGCAGGAGUUCCUUUGCUGCUUAAAGCCUGACUCAGUCACCCUGAGUGGGUGCUUUGGGUCAGGGAGACACUAAGGAAGAGCUUUCCAGAGAGGCCGGGACGUUCUUGCCGGGGACCCUUUGGGGAUCGGUUCAUACAGCGACCUGAUGUGUUCUGGAGUCAGGACCUCACCAGCUCUCAAGAGGUUCUGUGCAGCCUUGACUUCUCAACUUUGCCUUCGCACGCGGUGUCUGUAGGGAGGAGGGGCUCUGAGUUGAG